ACUAUAAAAAGACAUUUGUACCCGUCUAAAAAUAGACACAUUGCCACCAGGUACAUGUUAUGCUUUCAAAACGUCCUACCUCAUAUUGACCUCUGACCCCACCGCGGGUUGUUUUGAAACCCCUCCCCGCUCCAGGUAACACGAACUCUGUUCUUUUAGCGACAACAUUAUCCGGACAAAGAAUACCGCACUCACCUCUGCACAAAUAACAUUACCUGAACCUGUUAGCACACAGACGUCUCUGGCGUAGUAACUUCACUUCACUUGAGACUUCUUGAGGUUCCGAGACGAACAUCUUAAAGGCACACGUGCGUGUUACAGCAGACAACAUGGGCGCUUCCAACAGCAAACACGGCACCAUCCGGCAGAGACCCGGAGAGAGGAAGUCCCCGGACAGGAUGGAUCUCAUCAUGGAGGACGCCUGCAUCGCCUUACACCUCAGGGUCAAGCAGAAGGUGAUGAAGAUGUCAAAUCUCCCCACCGCCGUGAGGGACAAACACAUCAGCAUCUUCCUGGAGAACCUGACCAGCAGUAAGGAGUUUUUCCAGUGGGAGCUGUACCAGGCGUUGCGGAGUCGACUUUCCGUAAAGUACUGGGUCAGGCUGCACACCAAGUUAUUCAAGGACAGUAGCGAGAGCCUUGAUAUCACUGUUCGGCGUAUGAACCGGCCGGAGCUAACUGCAGUGGUGGAAAUACGCAAGGCUCCGGUCAACGAUCGCCUAACGCUUAAGAAAGACCUGGGUCGUUUGAGCUACCUGAUAGCGACAGGGAAGGUGGAGAGGGGGUAUCUGGUCGUGUACGGGACAUUCCCCAAGGGGUUCCAGCCGCCCGUGCUCAUGAUAGACAAGGACAAAAUCCCCCGUUUGGCCAGUCUGGAGGACAACGCACAACAAACGUACAGUGACGACUACCUAGACAGGUCAAAGGUCAGCGUGACGGAGGACACCGAUUGGUCGAAAGUUGCGGAGAGGGAGACGGUGGCCGCGGGCGUGGCCAAGUUCUCCAUGGACCUCCCGGGAGUCGUCAAACUCCAGCCGGAGAAGUUCCGCAUCCGCGUCUACCGCAUGGUGCACCGGCCGCGGGACGGCGGGGAAGACGUGGACGACGUCACAAAUCCUCCUGACGUCACGGAAGGGGUUACGUCAGCAGUGGCCACGUCAACCCCGCGAAAAGCUGGUGAACCUUCGGAAGGCGCGGGAGAUGACGUGAUGUCGACCCCGCGGAAAAUGGAGCUAGCGCUGAGAGUUGGGACUCCCGUAGAUGACGCCACGUCCACGCCGCGAAGCCUGGAGUCCCCGCAGGUGCCCGCGAUGGGCUUCACGGCGGAGGAGCGGCAGGAGUUCAGGAGAGUGGGGCUGGACCUGUCUCCGCGGAAGGAGACAAGCCCCUGCAUUGUAACCCACGAGCCGGAAAUCGAGAUCAUCUCAGAAUCUGACGGCGAGGCAGAUUCCAAGCUUUAGAUGUACACAUGUAGAUGUAAUGAAAUGUAUUUCAAAGUGCUUUUUAAAAAGUAAAUGUUGGUCAACUCUUAUUUCCGGAAAUCCAUUUGAAUUUCAAAUUUACGUUGCGUUACGUUUACACUAUUUACAUUUAUGCCAUAUAAACCAGCUUUAUCAAAUGAUAUACAGAAGGUCUCGGAAUCUGAGGGCUGUUGUAGACUGAAGAAAAUGGACUGUCAACCAUCGACUCAUUUUC